AUGAUAACUAGUUUCCGUCGGUGUUUCCGAUCUUUGAGUGCUACUCAUGUAUCAUCAGCUUUUACCAGUGACGUUUUUUGUGCUACAUGUAAGGGGUCACAUCACAGUUUAUUACAUCUCCAAAAAUCUAGGGUCAGACCACCAUCAGACAAUGGUGGGAGUUCGGGCUCGGCACCAGGUGGUAUGAAUCGUGGGGCAUCAUCUAGCUCUGUAUCGACCGGUGCCGUAUCUCAUGUUGGAAAAAUGGGACCAUCCACGGUAGUUUUGGGAACAGCCAUGGCUCACACCCGUGAUCGGUUCGGUCAAACCGUGGAUGUACGAAUUUUAGUUGACUCAGGGUCGCAAAUUAGUGCUAUAACCGAAUCGUGCGCCCACCACCUCAGAUUAACUAUUAAAAAAUGGACGGUCCCAGUGUCAGGAUUAGCCGGUGUUACGCUACCCACAGUGAAAGGUUUAACUUCGUGUACCAUUACAUCUAGGUUCGACAGUAAUACCGAAAUCGAGGUCAACACUUGGGUGUUACCAAUCAUAACUGUAAAUUUACCGACGUCACCACUUCUAGCAUCCAUCAAGAGUUCAUAUGCUCAUUUAGCGCUGGCCGACCCCAAGUUUGACAUUCCAGCGACAAUCGAUUUGUUGUUAGGCGCGGAUUUGUAUCAUCAUGUGUUCGAUGGAAAGCAGUAG